AUCUCUGUGGGGUUUUUUUACAACACUGAGUAUGCCUCUGGUAGAACAGAACUACUGAAAGUGUGUACAGUACACCCUCCCCUGUUCACAGAUUAACAACGACUAGCAGGGUAUUAGAUGUAGGGUUCAAUAAGGUCAUGACCUCUACAACCAGCACCAUGAUUACAUUUAUUUAUAUGUUCAGACUCUGUGAGCGUUAGUAGGAGUCAGGUAUAAAGUUUGGAUUAAGAUUUUGAAUUGGAGUACAUGUUUUUAUCCCGACAACAAUAGAUUCCUAAAAUGUGUGUGUGUGCGCGCGGGUGAGAAUAAGAGAGAUAAGGCUAAAGAUUAGAAAAUAUCCAACUACUUUAGUUGCGGUCGGAGUUAGUUGAAACUUGGAUGUAUGAUAAUGAAAAUCUUAAAUAGUGCCUUUGCCCUGUUGUCUUUCUGUGACUCAUUUUGAUAUUGCAGUAAAUAAAGUACAAGGAUUUUAUGUCGGGAAUAUAAUUUAAUGUUUGGAGCUGAACCAAACGCAGCGAAAACCCAUGUCCACGCAUAAUGAGCUGAAUGUAUGGUUCCUCUCGGUAGGACUGCAGCGCUCAAACCUGCGCUGCCGUGUGUGCCCUGCGCACGCGCAAAGUCUCAGCAAUCCAGUGGAAGCGUAGGAAAAAACGAUGGCUCUUGACAAUUUUAUUUUCGGUCAGUGUAUACUUUAUUUUUUAGCGUUCCUUUUCAGUUUCAUCUCUGUCGUUCCGCUCUCCGAAAACGGAGAUGACUUCCAGGGGAAAUGCCUGUUGUUCGCGGAGGGUAUGUGGCGGAAUGAAAACCUGACAGUAGGCAAACAACGCUUCAUGGUCGAAGAAUGGGGACCAGAAUCUUCCUGCCGCUUCAUCACUUUCGUCGGCAUCGUCUCCCUCAUCAUCUCUGCUGUUCAAGCGUGGCGCACUUUCUUCUACCUUUGCAAGGGGCACGACGACUCUUUCUUCCAUGCCUUCCUGAACCUGCUGGUUAGUUUGGUGGCAGUGAGUCUGGUGUUUGUGGCCAGCACCAUCACCAGUGUGGGCUUCAGCUCGUGGUGCGAUGCCGUCACGGGGAACGGGGCCAUGCCGAGCAGCUGUGAGGACCUGCAAGACACAGAUCUAGAGCUGGGCGUGGACAACUCUUCUUUCUAUGACCAGUUGGCAAUUGCGCAGUUUGGUCUGUGGUCCACCUGGUUGACCUGGUUGUCCAUCACAGUCAUGGCCUUCCUCAAGGUCUAUCGUAACCAUCGGCAGAAGGAGCUUCUCGACAGCCUGGUCCAUGAGAAGGAGCUGCUCCUGGGCCGAGGCUCUCCAGUCCGUCGGGGCUCCGAGGCCACGGAGCACAGCGGGAUGAUUUAGCCAGGCGCUAGCUAAAUGCUCUGGGAGACCUGUGACAUUACACUCCCGCCUACUGCCGUCUCCGUGGGCUGAAUGUUAACUGGAGGUGUAUCGCAUUGUAGUCGUGUGUUACCUUGGUGCACAUCUCCCACAGACGUCAACAGAUACACUAAGACAUGUUGUUAUUAUAAGUCUUCCUAUUACCUAAGUGAAGUAGACCGCAUUUAAAGAAAGGUACCACAUCUUCCUCUGAAAAACAAACACCCUCUUAACCUUGUCCAGAUAGCCCAACUCACAUUACCCCCUCAGCACUCCAGAAUUGACUCCCAAUAACAGCCCUGUGACCCCAGAACAGUGGUCAGAAUAACACCAAGUGAGAUACCAGGCAGGCAGGGGAUUAAUUCUGCCAAAUACAUUUUUUGAUUUGAGAAACAUUUUGUUUGAACAGAGCAAAACAGGGAGGGACUUUCUGUUACAUAUAUAUUAUAGGAGGUAUAUGUAUGUUUGACCAAACCUUCGAAGCUCAAACAUUUGGUUAGGUGGGAUAAAUACAACACUGCACUGAAUUCCCUGUGUACUCUAUUGUCUCACCAUUGUCAGCUGAAACAGUCAAGUGGAAUUCAAAAAUAUGUACGCUGUGUAAUGAAUAAUUAUGAAUUAUAUUAGUGGUUCCCAACCAAGGGUUUGACGACCUCUGGGUGUAGAUGGCCUGUAGAGGGGUAGUUAUGAGAUUCAUUGGACUCUAGGCUGACUGGUGAAAUGCAUACGAGGGGGCAUGGCUGAUCUAAGUUGAUGGUACAGUAACUAAAAAAAGAUCAGGAGCCAAUCCAUUAUUUUGUAUCAGUGGUUGAUAGAUCUAUGUAUUCCAUUUUUUGUUUUGUUUUACAAGGUGUGCACUUUAGAAAGUUCCUCGCUUUAGCACUGAGACGAAAGUUGUUACUGUAAACCGCUUCUCAGUAGUCUUUUAUCCGUGUGCAACACAUUCUGGGAAUAGCUGGCUCACUUUUUGAGGUGUGUUGUCAGAAAGAUCCUUUCAAUAUGGUUUGACUGCUGCAAGAGUCCAGUGGACGUUGUAAAUAAAAUCUCAUUCAGGGAGUUCUAGGUCUUCCCCUGGCCACUGGAUUGUACAGCAGGUUAGGUUAAUUAGCCUGGCAGGUUAGGAUAAAUAACGUGGCAGUUUAGGAUAAUUAACGUGUUAGGAUAAUAAAUGUUAGGUUAGGAUAAUUAACAUGGAAGGUUAGAUGAACACCCCAGUCACUCAAAUAGGAGAUAUGCCAGAACACACACGCACUUGAAGAGAGCCCAUCUCUCAAACUCAAGAUUACAUUUCAGCAUCCAACCUGCGUCAAGGAGUUGCUGGACUGCAACGCUUCCAGGCCACCCUGUCUGAUGUCACUCCCACUAACUUUGCCAAUUUGUUUUUCCCUUCUGCUGGACUCCUGGGUCUGUAGGUGCACCACAGCUGGGGUACCUAGGUCAAAAUGGGUGGACUGCUGUGCCACUUGGAGGCCCCCAGUGAGCAUUAACCAGUGAUAUCUUUACAUUUUUAUAUACUUCUUUCCCUUCAUCCUUUGAUAGUGUUGUUCCAGUUUCAAUGUGCCAUUUGGCAGUGCCAUUUGGCAGUGCCAUAGCUUUACACUCGUCUCUCAACCAAAAAAUUUUAACGCUAUAACAUAGUUUUUUUUGUUGUUUGUUAUAUUCUGAAAAAUAAAUCCUAAUAUAAUGAUCUGAAAAGCAAUCGACCACUUGGAGAAACUGUUUUGAAUUUCUUUGUUUUACAUUGGAAUGUAGACAGUAGCUGUACUGUAGUGAAAGGUAAAUCAUAUCUGCAUGAAUUGCUUGUAUGACAUCAUUUAUUGUCCUUAUUUAAAAUAAAACAGUUAUAUUAGAACAAGAA